UAGAACCCCCGAGAGCGUGUAAGAAAAAUUUACUUGCACGUUUGUGUCUAUCCCGUACUUCGUCUAUAAUACGUGUUAUGAAAAAUCAAUGACAACUUUGAUAAAUAAUAAAAAUGAAAUUUGUAUGCUUGAAGAGUGCAGUACAAUUAAAGUGAAUGUUUAAUUAUUGAUGUCAUGUAGUACCUUCUUUGAAUACAUUAAGCUUUUCUUAAGGAAAUACUGCAGUUUCAAAUAGAAUUGUCACAUAUUGUUGCAGUGGUUUGUGUAUAAAAGAAAUAUUUUAUAGACACAUUCUGUUGGUUUUUGAAAUACACGGUGCAUAUCAUGGACUUACCCAUAAACCAACAGAAUUUAACACAAAUACUUGAUAAGUUAUCGGAAGAUGAGAUUAAGACUAGGAAAACUUUGGAAAAUAUUCUUUCAAGACAAUGUCACGUAGAAGUAAAACUUCAAAAUAUAAGCAAGGUGCUACCUAAUGUAAUUGUAGUACGAGAGGAAGGUGAGAAGUUUUAUAAUAUGAUUGCGCGUACUAAUGAAUUGGCGAAAAAUGUGAGUGCCAAAGUAAGACAACUAGAUUUAGCAAGGAGCAGAGUUUAUGAAUGUCAGAGACGAGUAAAUGAUAUUCUUGAUUUACAAUUAUGUAGUGAAGGUGUAGCCAUGGCAUUGCGUAAUGAAGAUUAUGAACAAGGAGCUGCACAUGUACAUAGAUAUCUGUCAAUGGAUCAACAAUUGUUGGAAAGAACAGCUGAAGAUAUUUCAAUGGACCAUGCUAAUAUAAGUAGUUCCUUAAUUACUUUGCAACAAGCAGCAUUACAACUUAGAACUGUGAUUACACAUAAAUUUGAUGAAGCAGUGAAGUCGGAAGAUCUUGCUUCUGUUGAAAGAUUUUUCAAAAUAUUUCCUCUAUUGGGCAUGCAUUCCGAAGGGCUUAAGAAAUUUUGUAGUUACUUAUGUUCAAAGUUACAUGAAACAGCACAAAAAAAUUUGAAAGCAGCUUUGGAAAUUAAGAGCAAUGACAAAAGAGCAUCUGUGAUUUUUGCUGAUACUAUAACAUUACUAUUUGAAGGAAUCGCACGUAUUGUAGAAAUACAUCAACCAAUAAUUGAAACAUACUAUGGUCCUGGAAAAUUGCUAAUGACAAUUUCUAUUCUGCAGAAAGAAUGUGAUAGGCAAGUUAAAAAAAUUAUUGCAGAAUUUACAAAGCACAGAUGUAUAGCCAAGAAAGUACAAAUGGUAAAUGAUUAUCUUCGAAAACCAAAUUCAGAAAGAGCAGAUCCGAAAGAAUUUGAUUUGUUAUUAGGGGAAAUUACUAUAAUGCAUUCACUAGCAGAAUUAUAUAUACGUUUCUUAAGGAGAAGAGUUAAAAACGAUAUAGAAAUUAGUGCAGUAGACGAUGCACAGUGCAAAGAUUUAAUAAAUGAAUUUGAGAACGUAAUUAGCAACUCCGAUUUAGCGCGUGGAAUGCAAGAACUCUUAGGCGCGUAUCUCGCAUUGGAAAGAUAUUUCCUUGAGGAAAGCGUAAACAAAGCAUUGGGAAUGGAUACCUUAGAUCAGGAUCAAGAAACAUCAAGCAUGGUGGAUGAUGUUUUCUUCAUCGUGCAAAAAUGUAUAAGGCGUUCCAUGUCCAGCUGGAGUAUCGAUGGGGUUUGUGCAGUGGUUAAUAUGGCUUGCGGUAUAUUGGAAGGAGAGUUUGCAAAUGGAUUAAGAAAUCGAUUGCGUCAAGGGUAUCCAGCUGGAUAUUUAGAUUUGGCUCAAGCAUACAGUGCUCUUCAAACAAGUAUUCAACAUGGUCGUUUGCAAACUUCGGACACAGAACUUGCACGGCUAAUGUUCUUGGCUUACUUAAAUAAUACCGACGUGAGCAUCGAAUAUGUUGAAACCCUGUGCAAGAGUCUAAAUGCUGAAAUAGAUGCGACAUUUCCGAAUAUGCAAGAUAAAGAAAGGGGUAAGAUCGACAGCUGUUUAUCCGGUUUGAAAGGUGUUAUAUCGAUCUUACGAGCUGUCACCGACUAUGGAUUAGAACAGCUCCGAGUAAGCGCUGUUAAACCAAGGGUCACUCCCUGGGUAGACGCAUUUUUAUCCGUGGAUCAUCAUGUCAAUGAGGACGAUUUAUUAAGAUAUGAAACGGAAGAGCCAUUCGUACAAACUCUAGUCACCAAUUUAGAAGGCUUACUUCGAAGUUUUAAAGACAGUUUGACCACGUCCAAUUACGAUGCUUUAAUCGGUCUUCUCACUGCUGAAGUUACAGCGCGACUAGAGAAAGUUGUACUUAAAUCCACGUUUAAUAGAGCUGGAGGUCUUAUACUUGAUAAAGAGAUAAGAUCAUUGGCAAGCUAUUUAGCUGCUGCUACUUCUUGGUCCAUACGUGACAAAUUUGCAAGAUUAACACAAAUAGCUACAAUAUUAAGCGUCGAAAAAGUGGAAGAAUUGGCGGAUUAUUGUGGCGCAGAUGCAAUUGCGUGGAGGUUGACUCCUGGUGAAGUUCGUCGCAUCGCAUCUUUAAGAACUGAUUUCCGUACAGAAGAUAUCAAAAGAUUAAAGCUUUAAUUUGUAAUAUUUUUAACGAACUUGUUAUUUACUACUCUGUACAAUUAUACAAUUUAAACA